CCAGUGAAGUACCAUAUCGACGAGCUGUACCAAAGCAACCACGGAAGAUCUGGCCUGGCGCACAUCACUGUGGCAGGGGCGGCACACCACGGCAUGCGGAAGAUAGAGAUGUGGCUUCAGACAUUUGCCCCCGGCGUGCAAACGCCCGUGCACCGGCAUGCAUGCGAGGAGGUGUUUGUCAUCCAGCGCGGCGCCGGCACCGCGUUUUUUCGUGCGCCAGAUGGUGGUGUGCAGCAGGUGGCGUUCCAGCAAAACGACACCCUCAUUAUUUUGCCAGACAUGGUACAUCAGAUUGUAAAUACUGGCCAGGAAGACCUGCAGGCGCUGGUGGUGAUCGACAGCCCACCCAUCCGCAUUUUCACAUACUCGGAUUGGAGUAUAGCAGAUGUGCAAGCCCAGCUGCAGCAGCCGUACUAUUGGGAUCGCGCCUGC